UUCCAAUAUUCCAGUUGCCUUCCUACCAGCAAGUCAAAGCCUACCAGCAAGUCAAAGCAAGAAGCCUUCACACUUUCAACGAUACUUUUCCAAUAUUCCAGUUGCCUUCCUACCAGCAAGUCAAAGCCUACCAGCAAGUCAAAGCAAGAAGCCUGCACACUUUCAACGAUACUUUUCCAACAUUGCAGUUUCCUUACUUCAAACAAGUCAGUCCUGUCUAACAAAACCAUGCCGAGGAAUUAUAUUGCAAAGAGAGAAAAGCCAAUUGAAGAAUCAUUACACGGAGCGAUUUCCGAUGUUUUGAGUGGAAAAUCUUCAAUAAGGAAAUCAGCGGAGAAAUUCAACCUAAAACCAUCUACAGUUGCAUUUUAUACCAAACGAUUCUCCUCAAGUGGGCUGUUUCCUCCUGCUCAAAUCAAACGUAAGACUCAUCCUUCGCAAAUAUUUUCUUCUGAAAUGGAAUCUCAGUUAGCAGAAUACUUGAAAAAGUGCACUCUUAUUAAUCACGGACUAUCACCAAAGGAAACAAAAGUUAUUGCUUUAUCAUUUGCUAUUGCUAAUGGAACGCGAAUUCCAACGGCAUGGCAUAAAAAUGGACAAGCAUCAGAAGAUUGGCUAAGUGGCUUCCUAAAACGCAAUCAGAGUUUAUCAAUAAGAAAACCGGAAGCAACGAGUCAAGCACGGGCAGCUGGGUUUAAUAAGCCUGUUGUGGACAAUUUUUAUGACAAGUAUGAGAGCUUAGUUGUAAAACACAAAUUCAAAGCCUAUCAAGUGUUUAAUUGCGACGAGACCAACAACCCAACUGUAAUGCAACCACCAAACGUGAUAGCAGCAAAAGGAACUAAACAAGUUCAGCAAACCGUAUCUGCUGAAAGAGGCACAAAUGUUACCAUGCUGGCAUUUGUAAAUGCGGCUGGUGGUUCUGUGCCCCCAGUAUUCAUCUUCCCAAGAAAAAAAUUACUGCCAGUAAUGUUUGAAAAAGGGCCUUCUGGAUGCAUAGGACUUGCCCAUGAAUGCGGGUGGAUGACUGGGUUCAGUUUUUUUAAAUCCCUACAACAUUUCCAAUCAUUUGUGAAAUGUUCAAAAAGCAAUCCUGUAUUGCUUUUGUUAGAUAAUCACUCGAGUCACCUUGACUAUCAGGUAGUCUCCUUCGCGAAAGACAAUGGAAUAAUUUUGCUGACAUUCCCUCCCCACUGCUCUCAUGCUUUGCAGCCCUUGGAUGUAAGUGUGUUUGGCCCAUUCAAACGGGCAUGCGGGAAAAGCCAAAAUGAUUGGUUAAAUCGCAAUCCAGGUCAGCGGAUUUCUAUUAAGGAAAUUGAAGAACUGUCGAAUGUGCCAUACCAAGAAGCUAUUACUCCAAAAAAUAUCAUUGCUGGAUUCCAAUCAACAGGAAUUUUUCCUUUUAAUCGGUUCAUGAUAAACCCUUCCAGGUUUGCUCCCUCAUUUGUGACCGACAGACCAUGUAAGCCAGAUUUUAUCUUCUGCUAUUUUAUUUGUCUUGUAUGUGCUAUCUUAAUUGUCAUGUACGUCACUUGUUAGAAAGUGUGCCGGUGGAAGGAUGUUUUUCUUGUAUCAAGGGUAAUAUCAACCCUCCAUGUUGCAGUACAUAUUUGUACAUCAGAAACGCCAGAGUUAAUAUUAGACUAGUUGGAGUAUGCAGAUUAGUUCGGGUAUUUGUUUAAUUUGGGAUAAACAAGUCAUUUUUUUAUUUGUCCGUCUUUUUU